CAGUAAUCAGAAAUUAUUUAUUAAAAUUAAAAAAUUCAUAUGUAGCGGGUCGUGAAGUUACGUGUCGUUUCGAAAGUGAAACAGCAAAAAUGAAUGGUAUAUGUUGACCAAUCGGGAGCAAUCAUCAACGUGUCAUGCCAGCGUGUGGUCCUGCCAAUUGCCGAUGUGUCGAUUGACAACAUGGCACCCUAUUCUACUAGUAAGCAGGCAACACGUAAUUCGAGGAAAACUGGUUUAAAAAGAAUGCACUCUCCAUCAUCCUCAUUUUCAACUGUUUGAGAUAAAAACCAUGGUGCGUUCCAAACUAUCUACUGGUGUUAUACUGGUGCUAGCUAUUAUCGUUUUAGCAAAUGCGGCCCCUUUCAACUUGAAAGUACAAUAUAAUCAAAAGUAAGUAAUACAACUAAAACAACACUUCCUGUCAACUUAAAGAACAUAGAUAUCAACGUCAACAGAAUGAGGAGUCUGGAUCUGCCUCUGGAAGCUUAUCCACUUCUUCCAGUGGUAUCACAUCAAGUGUUUCUCAACAAGGCUCUAGCAGUGGUGACGCAGGCAAUUACCAGUAUAGCCUCGUUGGUCUCGACGUUGGUUUCGACACCAGUUUCAACACCAGUCUCGACACAGACGACUGUUCCUCACUCUCCAAGUCCUCCUCCUAGUGGACCUACUCCUAGUGGACCAAGUUCGCCAAGUGGACCUUCCUCUCCAGGUGCUCCUAGUGGACUUACUCCUAGUGGACCAAGUUCGCCAAGUGGACCUUCCUCUCCAGGUGCUCCUAGUGGACCUACUCCUCCUAGUGGACCUAGUUCGCCAAGUGGACCUUCCUCUCCAGGUGCUCCUAGUGGACCAAGUUCGCCUAGUGGACCAAGUUCGCCAAGUGGACCUUCCUCUCCAGGUGCUCCUAGUGGACCUACUCCUCCUAGUGGACCUAGUUCGCCAAGUGGACCUUCCUCUCCAGGUGCUCCUAGUGGACCUAGUUCGCCUAGUGGACCUUCCUCUCCAGGUGCUCCUAGUGGACCUACUCCUCCUAGUGGACCUAGUUCGCCUAGUGGACCUUCCUCUCCAGGUGCUCCUAGUGGACCUACUCCUCCUAGUGGACCUAGUUCGCCUAGUGGACCUUCCUCUCCAGGUGCUCCUAGUGGACCAAGUUCGCCUAGUGGUCCAAAAGCAUCACCAGUUUGGUAUUAAAAGGGUGAAACAUUGAGAAACGUUACAAAAUAAAGGUUUGUGCUUCUUGUUUCGGCUUCAAUUCCCAGACCACUUGUUCUGUCUACCUGCCUUGUCAGAUUCUCUCCGAUGGAAAAUGAGGACAUACUAUCGCGUUGACA